AAAUGUUUACCAUUUUGUAUUGUGCUCAUGAAAAAUGUCCUAUUCUGUGAGGAUGCAUCGGGGAUGGGAUUGUGUAAGGAGCUCUGCUCCACCCUCUGCUGCUCUUCCUGUUUUCCAAAGAACUGUGGUAAGAGUCGCAUCACCCCUGCUCCACAUUCAUGCACAAUAAAACACCCCACACAUUAACUCUGAUUCUAUUCACGCUUCACAGGCUUCCAGGGAGUCCAAUAAGAGUCCGAAAUGCCUGUCGACUACAGCGGGACAUGGGACAUUGUCAGUAAUGUUAACUUCGAGGGUUACAUGGUUGCUCUUGGUAUAGACUUUGCAACACGCAAAAUUGCCUCUAUGCUGAAACCUCAGAAAGUGAUAAAGCAAGAUGGAGAUCGUUUCACAAUCCACACGUUCACAACUUUCAGAAAUUACGAGUGUGCAUUCAGAAUUGGGGAAGAGUUCAAAGAGGUGACCAAAGGGAUGGACAACCGAACAUGCCAGACAGUGGUGAACUGGGAGAAUGAUAAGCUGGUGUGUGUCCAGAGAGGAGAGAAGAGAAACAGGGGCUGGACUCACUGGAUUCAGGGAGACGAGCUUCAUCUGGAAAUUACAUGUGAGGAUCAAGUUUGCAAGCAAAUUUAUAAAAGGAGUCAGUGAUUUCCCCCCUUUGUGGUCUAGCAUGCGUCAUGUUUUCCAUGAAAUGAGAUGAUAUACACCGAAUCCGCCAUACUUAAUAAAGACUGCAAUACUUUCAA